AUGUCUUCCGUCUCAAAAAUCAAAGGCGUCAACAAGGACGAUACGCAGCCUUCGGCAACACGGAACGAGAAGGCCAAGCUCACUUCAGGCAAGUCCGCUUACGGAAUAGCCACUGUCAACGUCCUCGCCACAGCUAUUUCAAGGGACAAGCCACCCACAGACCCGCAGACAAGAUCAGACUUCUGCUUCGACAACCUCCUCAGCUUCUUGCCUCAUGACGAAUACAAGUUGCUCGGCGUCUACAGAUCCCUCAAUGUGCCGUCCAAGACUCUUCGCAAGUGGGCCCCCAAGGGCCACAAAAACCUGGGCGAGAAUAUUAUUGCGACACUGAAGCUGCGGCGUCAUACCGCGCCGAGCGAAUAUCAAUUUGCCAGGGACCACCUCUAUGUCUGGGGUUUCGAAUGCGAUCACGACGCCUGGGCCCAGGCUGGUCAGGAAUACGCCAGGCAACUUGAGCGUAGACGUCGGGACCUUCCGGAGAAACCGCAAGCAGCGGAAGAGGCAGGGUCUUCUGGUAGAGUCAUGAACGAAGCUUUGUCUUAUCGGUCAAGCAAGUGUUUUGAGUCCAGAGAAAAGAAAAGCACGAAAGCGGCUGAGAACACGAUACCUGAAACUAGCAGGAAGCCAGACCUGCCCGGGACUCUUCGUCAACCCAAGACUGCCAGAAAAAGUCGCCGGAAGUGGUAUGAGUUAAACAAAGGGUAG